ACUCCGACGAGUGCAAGCGUACGACGGUGACGACCCAUACGAGCUCGACGUCGUCAACGAUGGUGGCGACUCCGGCGAAACCGCCCAGAUCACCCAUGUCCGCCGGCUUUGAUCGGACGCAAGCGCCCGCUCUAGGCCUUCGCGCCGGUAUGGAGGCGGCAUUCACGCACCAUAAAGUGCCAGAUGCUGUAGAUCCUUUCGGUGCCAGAAAGAAUCCGUGGCAUUCUGGUGUGGACGCAUUGCUUGCUACCGCGCUCUUCCGCUGCUGGCAUAUUUUACUUUUCUUCACCGGCUGGGCUACCGCCGUCACUUUGAUCAGCAAAUACGUGACCUCUCUGGGCAUCCAAAGUACUCUACUUACUGUAAUCGGUACCGUUCUCGGUUUUGUAAUUUCUUAUAGGACGACGUCUAGUUUCGAGCGUUAUAAUGAGGGAAGGCGGUAUUGGUCACAGAUCGUGCUCGCGAGUCGGACUUUUGCUCGUACAGUUUGGUUCCAUGUCCCAGACACCAUGUCCUACGGUGCGGGUGACGAGCACCUAUCAGAGGAGGAGAAAAAGGGCAGAGUCAUCGUCGAGAAGAAGACUGUGAUCAACUUGCUCGAGGCAUUCAGUAUCGCCGUAAAGCACUAUCUCCGUGGUGAAGACGGUAUCUACUACGUCGACCUGUAUCACCUGGUGAAGUUCCUGCCAUCGUAUGCACUCCCGGCCGGGUUGCCCUCUACCGCGGACGUAAGAGAAUAUCCAGAAGGCAAGGAUGUCUCGGACACACUCUCCGCCACGAGCCCCUUCUCGUCUUCCAUGUCCCACCCGAAUCUCCCGGAGGCUGCUAAAGAGGGUAACGGCGUCUCUCAGCGCCUGGCGUUCUCGGCGUCUGCACCGCACCUCCCGCAGGACACACCCAAGAAGAAGGUCAACUUGCAGGUCCCCACCUCCCCUCGGUCCCAGCAGGCGUUCGACGUCGAAAAGGGUACGACGCACAGCACGGGCGAGGACUUCCUUCUUCCUGCAAGGAUGCCGCCCAAGUACCACCUCUUUGACAUAUUCCCGUUCUCGCUUCUCGUGAAGGCGCUUACUAAGCGCGGCCAGGAGGUGAAGGGAAAAAAGGCUGCGAGGCUGAGGGCCCGACUCAGGAGGAACGAUACGCACAACUUGCCGCUGGAGAUCUCUCUUUACCUGAGCUCGUACAUUGCUGCUCUCCAGCAGCGCAAGGCUAUCGACCCGCCAACGUCCAGCUUGCUGCUCGCUACCCUGAACCAACUCGUGGAUGCCCUCACCGGUCUGGAACGUAUUCUUACCACUCCCAUUCCUUUCUCUUAUUCCAUACACCUCUGGGUAGUAACUGUCAUUUACUGUUUGGCCCUGCCCUUCCAAAUCUACACCUACCUGGGAUGGAUUACCAUCCCCGGCACUGCGAUCGCGAGCUUCAUCUUUUUCGGCUUCCUCGUUGCCGGCGAAGAGAUCGAGAAUCCCUUUGGCUACGACAAGAAUGACCUCAACAUGGACCAUUUCACGCACAAUAUUAUCCGCAACGAGCUGCGUGCCAUCACCGCGACACCCGCGCCCGACCCCGCGCACUGGGCCUUCAGCCCGCAGAACAACCUCGUCUUUGCCCUUUCGCAUCGGUGGGACCAGGAGGAGCGCGUUGCACCGGAGGAGUGGUUGAAGAGGGGCUUGUCGAGUAUGCGCGUUGCGCUGGCGAAUGAGGUCUAAGCUGCCUCCGGGUCGUUGACGUAUGGUAAUGGGCUGGUGCUGGGUACCAGUAAGUAAAAGCAUCUCGCGCUGUCGUCUUCAUCUUUAGUAUUGUUGGGUCGACAGAAGAUCGGACGUUCUUGCAUAACAUUAGAUAGUUACGCCCACUGCAUACUCCGCUAUCAUACCACAUCAAGUAAUACUGCAUUGCAUCGUGUUCAUAGAUAGGUGAAGGGAAACCAAUUUCGUGUC